UAGAAACUUUUCGUUCACCAACGUCCAUUAACCUCAAUAUAACAACGUUCGUCGGCUGCUAACGUUAGCUUAGCGUCAGCUAAUAUGGGGCUGGAGAGGAAGUGGAGAGGAGGGCUUACGUUGAGACGAAAGUGGGCAGAGCCGCUGAAGGAUAUGAGCUGAGGCAGAAGCGGCGAGGAAGGAGAAGAGGGCGAGCACCGCGGAGGGAAAACACUCAUGUGCAGCGGACGGAGAGCCGGGAGGAUGAAAGCGCCACCAAAACGGCCAAAACCGAGCAAAAACACGGUGUCCAGCACAGCAGACGACGGGGGAUAGACACGGCGUGCACCAUGGGAAUUCCCGUCGAUGUUUCUCAGAUUUCUUCUAAGAAGAUAGGAGAUCAACUUGCGCUUAAAUGGGUUGACAUUUAGUCGUCGUGGUGUCAUGAAGUGUCUGAUUCGGACGACUCUACUGCAUUGGGGAUAUUGCGGACAUGCAUCUGCGAAACAAAGAUUUUCAAUUUAUGAUGGGAGAGAAGACAGCUCUACCCCAUUGAACCGGAUAUUGCUGAAGUGGAGACAACGUUAUUUAACGUGAAGACGGCAAGCAAUGUGGCAUUUUGCCAAAUUUUGACAAGAUGAAACUCCUUUUUGUGAAUGGACUUUGGAUUUUAUUUUUGACAACAUGGACACAUGUUGGACGGAACGUGGACGGAACACCGUCGCCGGACUUGUUAAAAGAUACAGUGUUUUUUGGGAAACGAAACCAGCUUCUGUACAUUUGAUAUUCAAAUGUUAUUUUUAAAUAAAGUGUAUGUCCUCAUUAUUUUUCCACUGGCUUUGUGUCAUUAGCUAAUUAACCAAAGAGCAAAUUUGGCCUAAUUGGUUCUACAGCCCUGCAGCUGGGUUUUAUUAUUUUACAGAUGUUUUGGAUUGCAUUGAUUUGGUGUCACUAAUCGUCAUCUGUGUUUGCCCAUGUAAUUGUACGCUAGCUUAAGUUCUUACGCUAUUCACUGGUUUUGGUGAAAUGUCAAUAUUUCUCCCUGUAUGGGGUUUUGCUCCUCAAAGAUAUGAUGAAACAAUACUUUGCUUUCGAAAAUAUUUUGCGGUUUAAUCCGUACAAUCGAAAACUCGGGUCCAAAUGCUGUCGGAUAACACAUUAAUUGUGCAUAUGUGGUGAUUUUAGUGUGGCCGAAAUGGUUUCCAAAGGCUUUCUAAAAUGGCUUCUGGUUGUCCUUCUUCCUGUCUGAGCAGGAAGUGAUGCAAUUGCUACAAUAACUAUACUUUUAACACUUCUACUUGGUCAAAAGUCAUUUCUGACUUGGAAAAUAUGGGUUCACUGUUGUGUUUGUGUCCUUGGACUGAUAACAUUUGUUGGUUAAUUUAAAGUAAUUUUGAAACAUAAUAAAAGGGGAGGGACUUAGCAUCACCUGAGUGUGGAGUAAAUGGAAAUAACGUCAAUCAAAGGCAAAGCUUUCAGAGCUAGGAAGGAGCUCUAGAUGGCGGCUGAACCUCAGGAAGGGAGCCGUUGGCUGUCGUUAGACCGUCUGUGUUGCCUGUUUUUCGGCUGAGAUCGCUUGAAUUUGAUACAAAUUUAGCAGCUGUGGUCGCGGGAUCGUUGUUUUAAAUGGUAUUGUGUGGUUUUCGGGCUGAUUUGUCGAGUUUAUGGAGCCGUCUGUGGCCGGGGAGUGCUUGUCGUUGUUUUCUAUACUGGGCACUGGCAGCCAUGGAGCGCCUCCAUUUUUAGUGCUGCUCGCCUCUGUCGCUCUUGAGACUGACAGUAGAGGAAGACUUUAAGGGCCUGGAAGCUUUUUGAAACUAAAUAUUUUUUGUUAUUAACUGUUAAAUUUGUAUUUUGUCUGUAGUUUAUUCCUAUUUGAGCCAGAUACACGUUUUAAAUACUAUUGCGAACGUGAAUCUAAUCUUUCAUUUUUAGGCUACCACCUUUAUUCAGCUGGAAUUGGCAUGUUUACAUUAUGUAUUUCAUGAGUAACUGCUUUUCUCAUCUUUAAAUCUUCUUUUCCUUCUCGUCUUUCUGAUGACGCAGUUCGAAUUAAUUGUAUGCGGCUUGAUCCGUGGACUGUAUUGAAAAACAUGCGUUGGAUAUUAAAGCUAUUGUAACAAUACCUGAUAGUUUUCUCGCGUAUAUCCAAAUUAGCGAUGUUUUUUUAUGAUAUCAAAGUCUUAAGAUUUAAUGCCUUUUUCCUGCAUCGUGUCGCAUCGCCUGGGUUUUAACUGCCACCUGAGCAAUAUUGCUGGACCUUUAUGAUAGUUCAUGCAUCCCGUAACUUUUUGACAGUGAAUACCAGGACAAAAACAUCAUCUCAUCAGCGAUUUUCAGGAUAAUACAAUGAUGAAGAAUAAAAGUAAAAAAGAGGAUGAAGGAUCGACUCAGAGCAAUGCAUCAAGCAAUUCAGCUUCUGAGGAAUUCAACCAUUCUGCAUCGGAGUCGGGGAGUCAGUCAGAGAGCGAGCAUGGCAGCGAGAGGAGGAGAUCCCACAACUCUGAGUCCAACAGCUCCUCAGAGUCAGAGAGUCACUCUGAGUCAGAGAGUGAAUCUGCCAGAUCUCAGCAAACCACAGCAGAGGUCAAAGACAAGCCAGUCAGGAAGAAAGAACGUUUGGCAGAUGUAAAGAAGAUGUGGGAAGAACAUCCAGAUGUGUACGGUGUCAGGAGGUCAAAUCGCAGCAGACAGGAGCCAGCUCGUUUAAACAUAGGAGCUGGGGGCAGCAGUGAGUCUGAGAGUGAAAGUCCCAAGAGGAAAAGUUCUCGUGCUAAGAAAAAGGAAAAUAUCUGGAAAGAUGAUGACUCAAAUGAAGACGAGGAGGAGGAGGAGGCUUCCGAGAGUACAGACAGUGAGCAGGAAGAGAAAAAAGUUAGAUCCAGACGACUUCCUGCUAGAAGACCUCAGACCAAAUCAUCUACGGUCAAAAAGCAGGUUUCCCAGAAAGCAAGAAAGUCCAGGAAACCAGAGUCAUCAGCUGACGACGACGACGACGACGAUGACGCCGACGACGACGACGAUGACGACGACGACGACGAGGAAGACACUCCAAAGAGGCAGACCCGAAGAAGGGGUGCCACAAAAGUCAAAAGUUACAAAGAGGACCAACACGACUUUGAAACAGACUCUGAUGACUUGAUUGAAAUGACAGGGGACGCGGGCGAGGAGCUGCAGAACGACGACGCGGAGACCAUCGAGAAGGUCAUGGACAACAGAAUAGGCAAAAAAGAAGCCACUGGGGCUUCCACUACUGUGUAUGCCGUAGAAGAAAACGGAGACCCAUGUGAAGGCUUUGACCCAGAGAACCACGAGGGUGAGACUCAGUAUCUGAUCAAAUGGAAGGGCUGGUCCUACAUCCACAACACGUGGGAGAGCAUGGACUCUCUGAACCUGCAGAAGGUCAAGGGUCUGAAGAAACUGGACAAUUACAAGAAGAAAAAUGACGAGCUCACUUCAUGGUUGAAUAAAGCGUCUCCUGAGGAUGUAGAAUAUCACAACUGCCAGCAGGAGCUCAUCGCAGAUUUGAACAAGCAGUUUCAAAUUGUGGAACGUGUCAUCGCAACCAAAACAGGAAAAACACCAGGAUCCUCUGACUUCCCCUCUCACAGUCACAAGACCCCAUCUUCCAAUGAGCCAGAGUAUCUAUGUAAGUGGAUGGGGUUACCGUAUUCAGAGUGUAGCUGGGAAGACGGCGCUUUGGUCAGGAAGAAGUUUCAGCACUGCAUCGACAGCUUCAUGAACCGCAACUCAAGCAAAACGGUUCCUUCUAAAGAGUGCAAGGUGUUAAAGCAAAGGCCCAGGUUUGUGGCUCUGAAGAAACAACCUUCAUAUAUUGGAGACGAGCACCUCCAGCUGAGAGAUUAUCAGUUGGAUGGAUUAAACUGGUUGGCUCACUCCUGGUGCAGGUGUAACAGUGUCAUCCUCGCUGAUGAGAUGGGACUGGGAAAAACCAUCCAGACCAUCUCCUUCCUGUCCUACGUUUUCCACCAGCAUCAGCUGUACGGACCCUUCUUACUGGUCGUUCCUCUGUCCACGCUCACCUCGUGGCAGAGAGAGUUUGACAUUUGGGCCCCAGAUAUGAACGUGGUUGUGUACCUUGGCGAUGUCAUGAGCAGGAAAACAAUUCGCGACUAUGAGUGGGUGAACCAUCAAACUAAAAGAAUUCGUUUCAGCGCACUAUUAACCACUUAUGAGAUUUUACUUAAAGAUAAGGGUGUGCUUGGGAACAUAAACUGGGCCUUCCUGGGUGUGGAUGAAGCUCACAGGCUGAAGAAUGAUGACUCUCUGCUGUAUAAAACCUUAAUGGAGUUCAGGUCCAACCACAGACUCCUUAUAACUGGCACUCCGCUGCAGAACUCGCUCAAAGAGCUCUGGUCCCUGUUGCAUUUCCUCAUGCCUGAUAAGUUUGACUCCUGGGAGAAUUUUGAGGACGAACACGGGAAAGGGAGGGACAACGGUUAUCAGAGUCUCCACAAGGUCCUCGAACCGUUCCUCCUGCGCCGCGUUAAGAAGGAUGUGGAGAAGUCUCUGCCUGCCAAGGUGGAGCAAAUCCUCCGCGUAGACAUGAGUGCACAGCAGAAACAAUUUUACAAGUGGAUUUUAACGAGGAAUUACAGAGCUCUCGCCAAAGGCACUCGCGGCAGCUCCUCCGGCUUCCUGAACAUAGUCAUGGAGCUGAAAAAGUGUUGCAACCACAGUUUCCUCAUUAAACAUCCUGAGGAGGGAGACAGUGAAACACAACAGGAACACUUGCAGAAUCUGGUGCGAGGCAGCGGGAAGCUGGUCCUGCUCGACAAACUCCUGACCAGACUCCGAGAGAGAGGCAGCCGAGUCCUCAUCUUCUCCCAGAUGGUCAGGAUGUUGGACAUUCUGGCUGAAUACCUGGCCAACAAGCGCUACACGUUCCAGCGACUAGAUGGUUCCAUAAAGGGAGAAAUCCGAAAGCAAGCACUUGACCACUUUAAUGCAGAAGGCUCAGAGGACUUCUGCUUCCUCUUGUCCACCAGAGCUGGAGGAUUAGGGAUUAACUUGGCGUCAGCUGACACUGUGGUCAUCUUUGACUCCGACUGGAACCCUCAGAACGACCUGCAGGCACAAGCCAGAGCUCAUAGGAUUGGCCAGAAAAAACAGGUGAAUAUAUAUCGGCUGGUCACCAAAGGCACAGUGGAGGAGGACAUCAUUGAGAGGGCAAAGAAGAAGAUGGUUUUGGACCAUCUUGUCAUUCAGAGAAUGGACACCACUGGUAGAACGGUAUUGGACAGCAACUCAGGGACCACCAAUUCAAACCCAUUCAACAAAGAAGAGCUGACUGCUAUUCUUAAGUUUGGUGCAGAGGAGCUUUUCAAAGAGGCAGAGGGGGAGGAGUCUGAACCACAGGAGAUGGAUAUCGAUGAGAUCCUGAGGUUGGCUGAAACCAGAGAAAGUGACCAGGGCUCAAGUGCAACGGACGAACUUCUUUCUCAGUUUAAGGUGGCUAACUUCUCCAGCAUGGAGGAGAGUAAUCCAGAGUUAGAGGAGAAACAAACUCAGGAAUGGGAUGAAAUCAUCCCUCAGGAGCAGCGACGCAAAAUUGAGGAGGAGGAGAAGCAGCGUGAGAUGGAGGAUAUCUUCAUGCUUCCUAGAAGCAGGAGCUCCAACAAGCGGGCUCAGGCCAACGACAGUGACAGCGAUGUGGGCUCCAAGCUGAAGAACCGCUCGUCAGGCUCUGAGAGUGAGACGGACGACAGCGACGAUGAUAAGAAGCCGAAGAAGAGGGGCAGACCUCGAGCUCGCAAAAACAACGUGGAGGGCUUUACUGAUGCUGAGAUCCGCAGGUUUGUCAAGGCGUACAAGAAAUUUGGCUCUCCACUUGAAAGGUUAGAAGCGAUUGCCCGAGACUCUGAGCUGGUGGACAAAUCCAUCGCAGACCUGAAGAGACUCGGGGAACUGAUUCACAGCAGCUGUGUGACCGCAGUGCAGGAGCACGAGGAACACCUCAAAGAGAACCCCGUUGAAGCCAAAGGUCCGGGGAAACGAAGGGGGAUCAACAUCAAGAUCUCAGGAGUGCAGGUCAAUGCGAAGUCCAUCAUCCAGCACGAGGAAGAGUUUGAGCCUCUGCACAAAGCCGUGCCCUCCAACCCCUCGGAGAGAAACAAGUUCAGGUUGACAUGCAGGGUCAAGGUGGCCCACUUUGAUGUGGACUGGGAUCUUGAGGAUGACAUCCAGCUGUUGCUUGGCACCUAUGAGCACGGCUUUGGCAACUGGGAUCUGAUUAAGACAGACCCUGACCUCAAACUGUCUGAGAAGAUUCUCCCCGACGACCCGAGCAAGAAACCUCAGGCCAAGCAGCUGCAGGCGAGAGCCGAGUAUCUCCUGAAACUGCUGAAAAAAGAACAAGACAACAGUGACGCUUCUAAAACCGGGCAGGAGAUCAAAGUGAAAAAGAGAAAACCUCGGACGAAAAAGGACAACAAGAUGCUGAAGGACGAGCAGGGCAACAGCAUCUCCUCCCCCCGCCUGUCUGACAACCCUUCAGAGGAGGGGGAAGUCAAGGACGAUGGGAAGGAUAAGUCCCCAACCAAAAAGAGACAAAAGAAAAAGGACAACAAAGAAAACAAAGAAAGACAGGCAAUGUCGAAAAAGGAGAAGGAUGGAGACAAAGAAAAGAAGGGCACUAAGGUCAGAAAAGAAAAGGCUAAAGGAGUCAAAGGGAAGAAAACACAAGGUCCAGUUCACAUCACAGCUGGUUCUGAGCCCGUUCCCAUCGAAGGAAAGGAGGACGAUGAGCUAGAUCAGGAAACCUUCAGUAUUUGUAAGGAGCGCAUGAGGCCAGUGAAGAAGGCCCUGAAACAGCUGGAUAAACCCGAUGAGGGUCUGUCUGACCAGGAGCAGCUCCAACACACACGCACAUGUCUGCUGAAGAUCGGAGACCGGAUCACAGAGUGCCUUAAAGUCUACAGUGAUCCUGAGCACGUCAAGAUCUGGCGCAGAAACCUCUGGAUUUUUGUGUCGAAGUUCACAGAGUUUGGUGCGAGGAAGCUUCACAAGCUUUAUAAAAUGGCACAGAAGAAACGAUUGCACGAGGAAGAGAAGGAGCAGAAGAAGAAAGAUGAUUCUGGAGGGAGGGUCAAAUCUUUCAGGCCAGAACCUUCCGGGUCCAGUCGAGACUCCAUGGGCACACAGCUGUCCUCCAAAGGUGCGUCUCACCCGUCUCAGUCGGGGCCCCAUGGACACCACAGAGAGCCGUACAAUUCAUCCAGUAAACGGCACUUUGGCAACGAUGAUCGAGGAGACUGGCAGAGAGACCGCAAAUACAGUUACCCUGGCAACAGCAACCAGUCGUGGCAGGGAGACCGACAUCAUCCGUACGACUCGCAUCGCUACAAGGAUUCCUAUGGUGACCGGCGUCCGCAUGGAGACAUGUAUCGCAGCUCUAACAGUUACCGUAACAACAGCUCUCCACGGAAACGGCCGUAUGAGCAGUACAGCAACGACCGGGACCACCGAGGCCACAGACCCUACUACGACAGGCAUCCAGACCCCAAAAGAAGGCGCCCUGAUGAAUUCCGUCCCAACUACCAUCAGGGACGAGAAGGCCCACUUCAGGACUUCAGGAGGAUGCCGGAACACAGGCCGGCAGGUCCGCCUGGAUCAGAUCACUACAGCAGACCCUUUCACCCGGACAAACCUCCUCCCCUAUUAGACCCUCGCUCCCCACAGGCUCAGAAGUCUCCGCAGGACUCUCGAUCACCGCAGGAGCGACCGGCAGAGCUGAAUGCUGUGGCUGACCCAAACUGGAGCAACAGGAAAACAUAAAGUGUGAUCUGGGUCAAAGCCACGUUCUGCUGCUGAUGGACAAGUGUGGACUUGCCAAUCAUAAGCUCACAGUUGGAAUGAACACAAACCCUGUUUUCCAACAGAACCAAACUCUUUAUCUCCAUGUUCCCUUCCUCCUCUCAUCGUCACCAUAACUUAAUACUACAAGCAUCUUUAUUUAAAUGUAUUGACUCCAUCAGUCAGCCAUGGCCGGGCUGAGUGCAGUGAUCAUGGAUGCUUAGUCCCGUGGACUAAAGUGUAAGCGUUUAGGAUCCAUGAACUGAUGACUGAUCGCUAUCCUAAAAGUGCCUGAAGGUUUUGGCCAUUUUGAACGGUAAGUGUAUGGGAUUAUUCCCAAAGGAACCGUGACACAGACGUUGUUGUUUAUUAUUAUUAUUAUUAUUAUUAUACAUAAUAAUAUUUUGUGUUAAGCUUUAAGUCUUGCAAAUGAUGUCAAGGAAGAUUUCUGUACAGAGGAAUGUUUAAACAUGAUAUCAUUAAAUGUUUGUCUUGAACGUGUAGCUAAAGCGACUCAUGGAGUGUAUCGUCAUCAUCAGUCGAGCAUCAGCCAGUAUGUUUCCCUGAAACUUUCUACAGGUCGUAGGUUUUAAGCAAAUUCACAUGACUCGUGUAAAAACUCUUGCUUUGUUCACUUUAAUCACUUUUCCUCUCAAUAGGCCCAAUGAAAUGAAAGAAGGCAGUAUUUAUUACAGCUUAUUGAAAGGUUCUUAACACUAUGACUUAAAUGAUUGUCCUUUCAGUGUUAUGAUGUUAAAGAAAAAUAAUGCAGUGUUGUUUCAUUCACUCAUUUUAACAACUCGGUUAUCUCUGAAAUAACACGUGCUCGUGACAGUUGAUGUGAUUUUCCAAAUCUGUGCCAAACGUGGCCCUGCUCUGGUCUUUUGUUUAAUGCUUCUCCAUUUGUGCCUUAUUUAUGUGUGUGUUACUGUUGUGUUUGUUGACAGCACUGGGCUCAAGAACAGGCAGGAUGUAGUAUUAAAAUCAUAUUUCAGUGAAUGCUGGUGAAGGGACCACAUCUCCUGGUCAUUUAUAAUGUGAUUCUAUAAUUUAGAAAAAGAAAAGACGACAAUAUGAACGGAAAUAUGCUUUAAAAUCUACUAUUAAAAAGACAAGUCACAGGCCCUCGGUGACCUGUGACCUGUGACAGUGAUCGGCCGGCACAUCUCUUCUUCCAUGUUCUGCAAGCUAUAGUUCCUGUAUCAUAUGUUCUUUAAGAAAGUCUAAAUAAUUUAUAUUUGUGACAAAACCACUCUUCAUGAGAAAUGUCCUGUACAUAUGUUUGGACAUAUGUAAUAAAACAUUUGUUACACAAUCAAA